AUGUAUGACUUCAUAAUCAUAGGCGGCGGCACCGCAGGGUCCGUCCUUGCAUCCCGACUCGCCAAACCCCACAACUCCAACCCCUCCACUAGCCCCUUCCACAUCCUCAUCCUCGAAGCAGGUCCCAAUACCGCCAACCACCCACACACCGCCAUCCCCUGGGAGUCCGCCGCUCUCCAUGGCUCGAAGUUAGACUGGAACUAUCGGACUGUGCCGCAAGUCCAUCUCGACGGAAAACCGCGGUACAAUUGCGCCGUUAAAGGUCUGGGCGGCGGCACCGUGAUAAAUUCCGGUGGGUGGAUUAGAGGAGAUCGACGAGAUUACGAUGACUGGGCUAGAGUGGUGGGAGAUGAGCGGUGGAGUUAUGAAGGGAUGUUGAAGUAUUUUAAACGGAGCGAGAGGCAUUGGGAUAGUAGUGUUGAUGCCGGACAGCAUGGUUUCGAAGGCCCGAUUUAUAAUUCUUCUCCGAGUUCUUCGGGCAGGAAGUAUCCGCUUAGAGAGGAGAUUCUGGAGGCGUGGAAGAGUUUAGGCUUUGAGGAGAAGAGGGAUGGGAAUGAUGGGAAUCCGCAAGGGAUUGCCGAGUUAGUGGAGAAUUGGAGGGAGGGGAGGAGGCAGAUUGCUAGUCAGGCGUAUGGGUUGGAGGGGGUGGAGGUUGUUACAGAUGUAUUAGUGAGGAGGGUUAUGCUUUCGUCUGAGGUUGAGGGGACAAGUGCACAGCGGAAAGCGGUUGGGGUUGAAUGCGCAGAUGGAGCGACAUAUCUCCUCAAGCCUGGUGGAGAAGUCGUUGUGUCUGCGGGUGCGUAUCGAACGCCGCAAAUUCUUCUACUCUCUGGGAUUGGCGAACCAGCGGAGCUAGAUAAGCACGGGAUUAAAACUGAAGUCGAGCUCCCGGAUGUCGGCAAGAAUUUUCAUGACCAUAUGAUCGCAUACAGAUACUGGAAACUCCGAAACCCGGACCGAGGGCUAGCAGCUGGGAGUCCGCUAUUCAACGACCCAGCAUACAUUAAGGGUGGUCCCCUAGAUUGGCUUGUUUCGAUUCCCGUUUCAGCCGAAGGAUUGCGAACUGCAAUUGCGAGAGAUGAGGGAAAUUCUGCUGAAGUGUUGGAUCAACAUCCACUCGUCAAGGGUCCGAGAACUCACGUGGAGUUGAGCGUGUUGUAUGCGGUCUUCGGGGGAGAACAAGUUGGGUUGAAACUUCCGGUUGACGGGACCGCUAUUAUGACCUUUCUCAUGCCUUUCUUGCCAACAUCCAGGGGCUCAGUUACCCUCCGCUCGGCUCACCCGGAAGAUUCGCCGGUCAUUGAUCCAAACUACUAUGCUACGGAAACGGAUCGGUAUGUUGCACGGGAAGGUUGGAGGACUCUUUCCCAGUUGAUGCAGAAAACCCCGCAAGGGAAGGGGAUCGUAUCAAACGAGAUUGUCCCAGAGGGCUAUGGAGUUGACGACGAGGAAACAGAUGGAGCAAUUGACGCAAGAUUGAAGAUCGGUGGUGUGACAGCGUUUCAUCCUGCUGGAACAGCCAGCAUGGGAAAAGUUGUUGAUGGAAGCUUAAAGAUUCCGAAGCCGUUGGCGUCCCAUUACCAGGUUGCGGUUUAUGCGAUUGCAGAGCAGGCCGCUGAUAUUAUCCUAAGAGAUCACAAAUAG